AUGCAACGACGUGAGGAGCAAAGCCAAGCAGUGCUUGAGCUACGCCAAAGGCAAAGGCGACCAGAACACCGUCCCUCCAGCCUGCUGCGACGGGAUACGCAACAUCUCUGA